AAAUGGAAGAAAAAAAAUCUGUUAGAUUUAAUGACAUCGUGCAAGUGGAGGAAGCAGCAGAUUACAAUCGGAAAAAUCCAUUGGGAAAGCGUGUGCCUGCCACUGCUGCUUUAAUCAAUGAAUUAAACAUCUUUAAAACAACGGAAAUGGCUGUCCACGAACAGAGCCGUCAUUUAAUACACGUUCAUGUGCCGAAAAACCAAAAAGAACAAAAGGAAAUGCCAUCCGAUUCAGGGGCCGAGGCGAACAAUAUGAAUGGAAACGAUGAUGAAGAAGCAGCACAUUCGAACACGGAACUGACGGAGGAAGAGAAAUUUGAAAUCAACAAACGUUUGUGUGAACUGCAUCACUUUCAGCCACCAAUUCAUCCCGAUACAUUCGCAUCGAUCAAAUACCGUCACGUUCGGUCUUUCGACGAAAAAAAACUGAAAAGCGGAAAGUUUUUGUCAAGUGACGAAUUGGCCAAAAUUCCGCGUCAAUCGAAAAAACCAUUUUGUCGUCCAGGAGCUGAAAAAAAGGAGGAUGGCGACGAAUGGUUUCUUAUCGACAGCAUCGUCCAAAUGGUCGAUGUAAAAAAAGAAGCAGAGCCUUUCUUCGUUGUCCGGUGGCUCGGAUACGAAGACGAUUUCAAUACACUGGAGCGAAAAUCGAACGUUGAAGGCACUGGGGUCUACGAUAGAUUCGUUCACCCGAACAGAUUCCCGGCCUGCCGAUUGGGUGGUUGUGUUCUUCCGAAAUCGAAGACUGUCACUCGACGUUUGGCGGACGUGGCUCUUCCGACGGAGAGUGGCAAUUGUAUGGAACUACUGGCCGAACUGGAAAAGGAGAUCGAAGGUGGACGUUAUUCGCCACGCAUCGGUUUCUAUUCGAACGUAAGCACAGAUGAUGCGAUGGUCCAUCAACAGAAUUUUAUUACAAAAACGUUCAUACCGAUGAUAAAUAAACCUAAUUCGUCAGUGUACAUCGAUGAACAUUAUGUUGGAUCGGUGUUUGGAGUCUUACAUAGGGCCAAAAAAUUCCAAAACAAUGAAGGCCUCGCAUGCAAGAACAUGGAUUCUUUAUUGCGGUACAUUCGGGGCGGCAUCAGUGCAGCGAAACGGCAAAAACCAGAAGGCCCACAUUUUGUGGUAUUUUUUGUAGGCCGAAAUUUUGGCCGAAAACAGACCACCACGGAUCAGUGCUUGAAUUUGCAUAUGACAGCAUUCAUUGUCAGAUCCAAUGGGGAGGAGAAAUGUGCCAUUUACUACGAUCCGAACCCCGAAUGCCUUGGCCAUGAAAUAUCAACAUUUUUAACGAGUCUGAAAAUAACUCCAUUCACAUACCAAUACGGAUGUGCUUCAGCGAACGAAGACUGCCUCUUCCGCACGAUGCGGCACAUAAUUCGCUUGGCAGCGGACGAUACUCAAUUCAGAGUGGACGAAUCAAAACCUUGUCGGUCAGUGGACAAUUUAAAUGAAACCAAAAUGUCUGCCAGCGAAUCAGAAUAA